AUGCCUUUGCCAUUCUCGCUCGUCUGCGACCUGUUGGACGAGUGCCACAGGCUAUGCGCUGCCCGUCGAUCAAAUGCCCAGGCUGUUGCGGACUGGUUUGCUCGCCAUCGGGGACGCAUUGAUGCGCACGACACGAACUUGCCGGCCCUGCUAUCGACGUUGCUUCCAGACAAGAGGACGGACCGAGUGUACUGUAUCCAGACCCCGUCACUCGAGAAGAUCAUAGGACGCGGCCUGGGCCUGGGCGCAUCGCGCAUUGCGGAACUGGCAAGGUAUCGUCAGCCGGGACUCGGAUUGGACUUGGCCGACUGCGUCGAACGCCUCCUGGUUACCACCCCCAAUCCUACAUAUACUGACAAGCACCGCGUCUCCGUCGAGGAAAUCGAUGCGUUACUUCACGAUCUAGCUUCAAGAAUCAAAUGGAGUUCCCCAGCCAUUCGCAGCUCGCAGGCAGGUCUGACGACCCGCGACCGCGGCGACUUGGAAGGCAUCUACCGGCGGCUCAACGCCAAGGAAGCAAAAUGGCUUACUCGACUUGUCCUCAAAGACUAUAGGCCGUUGAUCCUCGACUCCAAGCUCGUUUAUCAGUGCUGUCAUCCGGUCCUUCCAGCAAUACUGCAAGUUCAAGACGACUUUACAGCAGCCAUCAACGUCUUGCAAGCAGCGAAAAGCCCCAUGCUCCCAAAUUCCGGUCGUUCGGCACAUUUUGGGAAUGAAAUGAUCGCGUCCGUAAAACCCCGGCUGGGCGUCAAGGUAGGUAGGCAAAAUUGGUUCAAGGCUCGGAGCAUCAAGCACUGCAGCACGCUCUGCUACGGCCGCAUGAGCGUCGAGGAUAAAAUCGACGGUGAAUACUGUCAGAUUCAUGUCGAUGCCACCCGCGACCCUCCUAGGAUACAGAUAUUCUCCAAGAGCGGCAAGGAUAGUACGGAAGACAGACAAGGUUUGCGAGGUGCGAUAUCGAAAUCACUCAGAUUGGGCAUGCCGGCAUCAAACGUUCGGAAAAACUGCAUUUUGGAAGGUGAAUUAGUUGUCUAUAGCGACUUGGAAGGCAAGAUUCUCCCUUUUCAUAGGAUCCGAAAUCACGUGUCGCGCAGGGGGCGCUUUAUGAAUACAGAAGAUGACACGCCGCCCAAGCCAUACGAAAAUUUAAUGAUAGUAUAUUUCGACAUGCUGCUUCUGGACGAUUGCUCCUUGCUCGACAUUCGCCACUCUGAGCGUUUCAAGCUGCUCGAGCGGACAAUCCGCCGUGACACAGGCAGGGCAGAGCUUGUGUCGAGGAAGGUCAUUGAUUUCGGUGGUCGCUACGCCAUUUCCGACCUCCGACAAGCCUUCGCAAGGACAAUUGUCGAACGCGGCGAAGGCCUCGUGCUGAAGCCAGACGAUCCCUACUUCAACUUUCACGACAGCAGCAAGCGAUUUUCGGGACUUUGCAUAAAGCUGAAGAAGGAAUACAUUGGCAACUUUGGUGACGUUGGAGACUUAGCAGUGGUUGGUGCGGGCUUCAAUGCAUCCAAGGCACGUUCCUACAUGAUCCCAGACCUGAAGUGGACACACUUUUACUUGGCCUGUUUGGAAAACAGGGAGGAGGUGAAGAGGUGGCGUGCAGUCCCCGAGUUCACAGUCGUGACGGUUGUGGAGCUGAACGAGGCACAACUCAAGUCUGUUCUGGCUUUCGGCAACCCCAUGCCCGUCGAGCCGCCUGAUAAUGUUGACACCAAGCUAAAGAUCCCACGCGGGCUUGAGACCAACACACCCAUGCGCUUUGCUUUCCGAAACCCCCUCGUCUUUGACUUGAGGUGCUUCAGCUUUGACAAGCCCGGAAACGUGGGUUUCUGGACCCCGCGGUUCCCCGCGGUUUCCAAAAUCCACUUUGACCGCGACUAUACAGAUACAAUCUCGCUCCAAGAACUCCAGGAGAAGGCCAAAGAGGCAACCAGAAGCCCAGAUAUGGACGACAGCCAGGAAAAUCUGGCCUGGAUUGCGCGGCUCGAAGGGGCUGACCCCCAUGGACGCGCUGUUGAUGCUAACCGUGAAUACAGCUUCUGCCGACCUGGAACAGGCGCUCCACACAACUACCAGAGAGUUCGCCGUACCGCAGGCUCCAUUGAUCACGCCACCGUCGUCUUCUCUGCCAGUGGAGGCCGCAACAUCGCCGACUCCUUCAAAGACCUCUCUACGAAAGCGCCAGCUGGAGCCUUUAUUGGAAAUGCCACCAGCACGCAAGAAACAGCGACAACUUGA